GCAACUCUCAAGUCGUGCUCAGUAUUGGGCCUAGCUCUGUUCUAUGUUUUCAAAGUGGCAACAGCAGAAAAUCUCACAAAGAUAGGACGGAGAAUGGAAGCAGAAUGCCCGCAGCCUUCUGCCAUAUGGGCGGAUACUCCCUCUUCACACCCAGCCAAAAUCAGGCAGCGUCUGUGCUGUAAACCUCAUCCUCAGAGUGGAGCCUGACGGGAUUUCAAUAAACUGAUCCUCCUGGGCAGAGCUCUAAUCAGCAGGUGCUGCUGCGUUAAAGUCUGAUAUUUAACAUGGUUGUCUGGGAAAUAUUUAAGAAAGAAUCCUCGCAGGGAAGACGUGUACAAAGUGAUUGAUCCUUUAUACAAAGUAUAAAUAAAUAAAAUAAAAGAUCACUGACUUUGUAUGUUCUCAAACUGUGGGGAAUGACACCCUGGGGGGGAGGCAUUUAAUCCAUUGUAUGCAUUUCGGGGUCACUGGGCUGUAUGUGUAAUUCACUACUGUUGGGCAAAGGCAGGGUACACCUGCAAAGGUCACCAGUCUGUCGCAAAGCCGAUUGAUAAAUUAAUGAAUAGCAUAUCAACUUUUAAUAAUAUAGAUUUGAGCUAGCCUAAUGAAGUGAUAAAUCCAAACUGUGGACAAUUACCAUAAUGUUCAUUAUUAUACCAUAAUACCACUUAUUGCAUUUAUUCACAUUUUCCAAUCCUUUAUCUCUGCUGUCAUGAGGUCGAUCAAUAAUUUUGUAUAUGAAAACAAAUUGCAAACGCAUCAGUUUGUUUAUGCGCUUUUUCUGCUGCUGGUAUGUCUGUGUUGUAAAUCCACUCCCUAAUAUUCUUGGGAUUUUUUUUAAUUUGUUUUUUGUAAUGUUUGCCUAAAAAUGACACAAAGUUCAGAGAAAGUUCACUGAGCAUCAUUGUGAAGAAUUAGACACAUUUUGAAAACCAACAGUUUUUAUCCUGAACAUUCUAAAAGAUGCGAUGAUUUGAAUGUCAACACAGAUAGGAGACAUGCUAAAGCUGGUCAGUUAGUGAUGUCACAUUGGUUGCUUAGCAAUGAAACCAAGGCAUAUAAAAAACUUCAGUUGGAGAUUCAGAAUCACUUGCAACUUUGUGCGAUUGAGUCCAGUUGUACGAUUUGAAAGUUGUAAAGAAAGGUUUUUAUCAUCGAACUACUGAAGAUGAUGGAGAAAGAAAUGAAUAUGAAGCAUGAUCCUGAGGCGGAUAUGAAACAUCAUCCUGAUGAGGAAAAAACAAGCAGCAGCCGGUCUAAAAGAGUCCCGGUGAAAAGAAAGGCCUGCUCUGAUGAUGACGGAGAAACAAAAAAGAGGAAAGUUGACCCAUCUGAGCCUGCAGAGCCCAUCAAGCCCACCGGAGUAAAGAAUAAGAAAGAGUUUCUGGAGAAACUGAAGAAGAUCGUGGAAAAGAGCACCUUUUUCAGUCGAACCAACACCUCCUCUGUCAAUACCAGUGAAGAUGACUUUGAAGCUAAAUACGAGCAGAUGGAGCAGUUGGGUGAAGGAGGCUUUGGAUGUGUUUUUGGCGGCUUCCGCAGAUCAGACAACCUGCAGGUGGCCAUCAAACGCAUUGAAAAAGGCUUCGAUCUAAAUACAGAGGUGGAUGAACACGGACAGUUCAUUUGCGCGGAGGUGGCCGUCAUGCAGAAGCUCAAAGACCCACAACUACAGUCUGCAGAUAAAGCCUCCCCCGUGGUUCUGCUGGACUGGUACGAUCUGAAGGAGGAGAUCAUCCUUGUAAUGGAGAGACCGAUCCCAGCCACAGACAUGGAGGAUUACCUGAAGAGCAGAGGAGGCAAAAUAGAGGAAGAUGAAGUUAAGAUCAUCAUGAAACAGCUGAUCCGGACAGCUGUGGAUCUUGAGGAGAGGCACAUCUUCCAUCGGGACAUCAAAAUUCAAAAUGUCCUGAUUGAGACGAGCUCCAGUGUCCCGCGUGCUCGCCUCAUCGACUUUGGACUGAGCUGUUUCACCAAGGAGACCUCCGUGUUCACAGACUUUGCAGGCACAUUGAGUAUUGCUGCCCCAGAGUCUAUGUUUGGCUCCGGCUACAGAGCAGAACCAACCACAGUGUGGCAGCUUGGAGUGGUUGGGUACGAGGCUUUACAUGGAGUGGGCUUCAACACCAGAAAGUUUGCAAUGAAUAAGCUGAAGAUAAGGGAAGACCUGUCCCCGGACUGCAAAAGUUUUUUGAAGAAGUGUCUGAGGUUUUCCCCUGCAUUCCGGCCCAAGCUGAAGGAGCUGCUGCAGCAUCCAUGGCUGAUAUAAUCUGACACACACACACACACACACACACACACACACACGCACA